UGACAUUUCGUCAGAAGUAAUAAAAAAUUUUGUGAUUCCUGAAUCGCGUAUUUUCUUAUCGAAUAUUUUGAAUUAACUCAAAGAAUUUAAGCAAAUUGCAUAAAAUAUCAGUAAAUCGGGUGUGUAUUCGGUGAUAAAAAUUGUCGAUUUGUGGAAAAUAUCUUCCGUUAGUGGAUCACGAAGUGAAAAUCGCUGAGCCAAAAAAAAACAACCAAAUUUUUUCUCUCUUAUGUAUCAGUAUUCGUGGUGAUCUUUUGGCAACAAAAAUAUUUUCAGAAAUUGUUUCCAAAGUUCAAACGGCCAGAGUCUUUAAUUACAAUUUGCGCGAUAAAAAUACGAUUCUUGUUUAGCGUUUAAUUCAUGAAUUCGGUUGUGAUGCAAUCAAAACAAUACAAAUUAUGCUGAGAGAACUCAUUGCAUGGGUGCUGAAUACGUAUUUGGGGAAGUAUGUGGAAAAUCUUAAUACAGCACAGCUAACCGUUGCUCUAUUGUCAGGUGAAGUUGAAUUGGAAAACCUUCCAUUACGACGUGAUGCCUUACGUAAUUUGGGCCUGCCAUUGCAAGCUCUCAGUGGUACGGUCGGAAAAAUUAAACUUCAAAUUCCAGUACGUCAAUUUCGAACAGCACCAUGGUGCAUUUUAAUCGAAAAUGUUUAUGUCGUCGUCGGACCAGUCAAUUUGGACGAGUGGGAUGCCGAAGCAGAAGAGCAAGCCGAUUUAGAUUUUAAACUCUCUCGCCUCGAUGGCCUCGAAGCAAAAUGGCGUGCUAGCAGCGAAGCUUCGUUGGAGGGCGGUUACUAUGCCUCAUCGUAUUCCGGAUGGUUGAGUUACGGCACAUCGCUGAUGACGAAUAUCGUCGAGAAUUUGGAAUUGAAAAUCAAAAACGUUCACAUUCGCUACGAAGACUCGAUCACGAUUCCGGAUCAGCGAUUCGCUUUUGGCAUCAACAUUGAAUCGUUGUCGGCACGCAGUUGUGAUGAGAAUUGGACGCCCGGCUAUACGACCGCUUGGAUUAACAAUUCCGCAUCGUUCAAAUUGGUUGAAUUGGAAGCAAUGUCCUUUUACUGGGAUCCAUUGCACAAUAAUGAAAUUUUUGGUGAUAUUAGUUCUAAUGAAUUGGCCGAGGCAAUAAGUAAGAGUAAAUUUACGCAUCAAUUUAUUGUUAGUCCUGUCUGUGCGCAGGCACACUUGAAACGAGAUCGAAGUGAAACACCGCUACGGACACGGAGUCGGCCUCGAUUGGUCUGUGAUUUGAUAUUAAACGAAGUGCAAUUAACGUUGAACGAUUGGCAAUAUAGCCAGAUGGUCGGUUGUGUGAGAGGAUUGGAUGACAUUGCCAAAUAUCGACGAUUUAAGCUGUUACGUCCGUUGCAUUCGGUACAUCAGGGACCGAGAGCUUGGUGGUUGUAUGCUGCUCAGUGUCACGGAUUCCGGCGCAUCAGUGCAGAUAGACGCUUUAAAAUAGCCAAAGACAAUCUCGAGUACAUUGAGAUUUAUUCGAAAAUCAUUAAAAAUCCCAACGAAGUGCUGACCACCAAAUUGAAAGAGCACAAGGAUGCUGUGGAAAAGGAGCGGUCCUACGACGAACUCAAACUGUUGAGAGAGAUUUGCAUGUUACGAAUGCCAACACCCGAAGGUUUAUCCAACGAAACGAAUCAAGGACGCAGUAUGCUCGUACAAUGGUUUCCACAGUGGUGGGGAUGGUAUGGGUCACCCGCACAAACAUCAUCGUCUCAACAGCAAUCAAGUUCUUUGAUUGCUUUGGAUGCAACAACACCAAAAGAUCAACAUCAGCUGGAAGACGAACUGCUCGACGCGCUUGCCGAUUCGGUGGAAAGCAAUUCAAUCCUGAAACGUGACGCAGUUUUCGGUAAAUUCGAUUUUACCUUACGAAAAGGCACAUUGGACAUAUGCAGCGGAUCCGCCAAUAAGUUGAUGCUUCAGCUUCAAUUUGAAAAUUUGAUUUUGAGCGUUGAGUCACGACCACGUUCAGCCUCGCACUUCGUGGGAUUGUCAUUGGGAUCGGUGUUGCUCAAGGAUCAUAUCACCAACAAUUCGGAAUUUCCGGAUCUUAUCAAGCCGCAAGUAAAAGACGAGUCGAUUACGCACAGUCGGUUGCACACACAGCGGGCGAAUAGCCGUAAUUCGGGCCUACUGAACAACACUGAACCACUGUUCCAAAUGAACUACGAACGAAAGCCACUGUCCCAUAACACGGACUAUCGUUUGCUGAUCAAAUCUCAGUCGUUGGACGUGGUGUACAACAUGGACGUGAUCAAAUGGAUUGUUGACUUUGUGAUGAAACCGCACCAAGUGAUAGGCACACGGAAGAAAAUCGAGGCAAUGAAAAAUAAAACGAAAAUGGAAAUCAUCAAAAAUUGGGAGAAUAUCCUGGAAGGCGAUCUGAGUGAUCGCAAGACGUGGACGCUGGAGAUAGACAUUUCAGCACCCCAAAUUAUUUUUGCCGAAAAUUUCUGUGUGAAAGGUGGAACGCUGGUGGUCGUCGAUUUCGGUCGAUUGCAGUUGAGCAACAACCAACCGGAAAGUAGUAAACCAGAAGCUCCGCAGGAACAGUUUCGUAAGGACAGCGAAGAAGAGGAUGCAUUCAUGACACCAUGUUCAACGCCACCCGGAUCUGAAGCCAGCACCAGCGAUUCGCCGACAUUGUGUACGGCUCUGUCGGAUGGCUUUGAAAGGAACAUCGAUAGUUCGCUGAACGAGAAGUCACUGCACCAAAAACUCUACGACAGCUUCAAGUUAAACUUGACCGAUCUGCAAGUUCUCGUGUGCAAAAGUAAAGAACGAUGGGCGUUCGCCAGUUCCAAAGGUUCAUCAUCUUUGCAUGUACUGGACCGGUUCAACAUUUCGCUACAAAUGGAACGACGUGUUGUUUACACACUCGAUCCACAGUUUCCUAGUCUUACAAUGUCCGGCAGCCUACCGAAGCUAGUGGUUCAUGUGAACGAACACAAAAUUGCGGCACUGAUUCAAAUGUUAAAUGUCCUAUCAAGCAGUACACUUCACUCACCGCACCGUUCACCCAUUAUCGAUGCAGUUGAAGAAAUUUCCGAGAAAAUGCAGGAAAAUGUUCCCUUUAACGACGAUGAGGAACAACCCGUUUGGCAGCGAGACGGUUCGAAAUUGGUCAUACUACAAUUCUCCGUUGAUCAAAUGUCGUUGGAAGUGCAAUCGCGAGGUCGUAGUAUCGCUGAGCUACAAGUGACUGGAGUGAAGGCCGGCUUUAGCAGAAGACCUGAGGAUACAAAUCUAACAUUGUCCGUGCACGGAUUAUUGCUGGUCGAUGCUAUGCAAUCCUAUGGCCAAGAUUUUGAAUUGCUAAUUGCGAGUCAUCGACAUGUUGGGAUUGACAGUGUAUCCGGUAGCUUAAAGCAAAGCGAGCCAUGCUCUCCGCAAUCACCUGGAUCACCAGAUCCGACACUGCAUUAUGAUAGAAGACCAACCAGUCCGCACACGAUAUCGAAAGCGCUCAGCAAUUUACAACGAACUAAUUCUGCUACUUGGUCUGCUGCUGGGGAUACAGACGCAUUGAUCACCGUGGAAGUUCUCUUUGUAACACCGGAACCGGGAUCCGGCGGUGAACAACUACAGAUAGCCAACAUUCAGUUCAACAAUUUGGACAUAAUCGCGAAUCAAGAGACGAUCGUGGAGCUGAUGGACUUCACCAAAAGAGUUUUCCCGAAUCGAAAAGCCACAGUUAAUCUUUCCGCACAACCGAACACCGAUACCACCGAUCAUCCAUCGUCACCAGAACCAAUCGUACCAUCUCCCAUCCGAACGGAAAUAACGUUCGAUUUUCACCGUUUGAAUGUACUCAUCCUGCGUGCAUUAAUGAGAGACAAUUUCAUGGUCGGACGUAAAGUCGGAACGUUCACGAUGAGUGAAGCACGAAUUCACGCAACGUUAGGCACAUCCAUCACAGUGGAAGGUUCACUGGGUGGUCUUCAGGUUCUGGAUCUAACGCCAGAAGGCAUUGCCCAUCAACGGAUUUUGUCGGUGGGAAAAGAUCCACUGACUGAACCGCCACACGUUGAACAGGAUCUGUUAAGUUCGUUGACGCAAGAAAUUUACGCGAUGGGCACGUCGAAGGACGAAAUCGUAUUGGUGGAACGUCAAGCGUUAUCGUUCCGCGUGACAAGGGACUUGAAUGCUUGCGUCAACAUUAAAAUUCGGAUGGCAUCUGUGUGGUACACGCAUGUUGCACGCUUCAUUCAAGAGCUAAAUUGGUGUGCCACCGAGUUCAAACACUAUUUGAAAAAUCUGGCAAAAUCAAUCCGUGAGAAAGCAACUGAUAUGGCAAUGGGAUUGGUUCAGCCGAGAAGUGAUGUUAUCACUACUCCCCGCAGUAACGAAGUCUACUCACCUCGUCAUUCGCUACGACGAAAGCGUUUAACAUCGCUAUCGAACCAACAAAACUGUAUCGACGUAAAAUUGGAACUGGACGUUGUACUGGACACACCAGUGUUAGUAUUACCUCGGUCCAGCUGCAGUUCUCAAGUGUUCGUGGCACAUUUAGGUAAAAUUUCCGUCACCAAUAUCCGCAGCGAUAAGUGCGACGAUGACACCAAACAGUUCCAGCCAGACAAACCGAUCAAUCGAAUAUUUACCAUCGACGAGGAACCCUUUAUGAGUGAGUGUUUUGCCGAAGACUUCGAACUGGAUGAUCCGAUCAAAGAAGAUUUGGAUACGAGCACAAUAUGCGCCGAGGACAGGGAGUCCGAUUUGGAGACGUACGUCAUGGAUGUGAGAAACAUGAAUCUGUACUCGCUGGACACAAUGACAAGGAAAGGUUUUCGAAUGUCGGCACUGCCGCGCGCCGAAGAAUUUUAUUCAUGCCAAACCGAUGCAGUCCCUGUUUUACACGAUACGGCAAUUCAAUUGGAUAUGGUUCGGAUCGUCGAUAACACUACCGUGCAUGAGGUAUACGACACCAAGGAAACUCUGCAGAUCACUGGCAGUGUCGUCAAACCGCUAAACUUGUCUCUAUCUCGGAUGCAAUACGAACAGUUGAUCGAAACUAUUGAAAAUUUGUUCAAAAUACCGGACGAUCUGGUGCGUCCACCAUCGGAAGUGCCGCAACACAGUCAACCGGAUUUAAGUGAAUUUAUCGAUCAGCCGACAAUUAGCUCGUUUGACAUUAAGGACAAUAAAGUCAGACGUAAAUUGUUCGCUGGGCCAAGCUUCAACGAACACAAGUCGUACGUGGAACCGAAAGUCUUAUUCGAAUUGCCGAGUUUUAUCAUCCAGCUGAAAAAUGAAGUGAACAAUCCGUUGAUUGAGAUUUCAUUCCGUGACCUGAAGGUCAAUUACGAUAGAUGCAAUUUGUAUGAGACUAAUGUCCAAGUGUCACUGCGGUCGUUACUUAUGGAAGACUUACUGCAACCACCCGAUUCCAAGCAUCGUUCAAUGGUGAUUUCAUCAUCACCGGAAACCCAAAACCUUCGACCCGGAACCUCGUUCUCAUCACGGUCAUGUCCCAAUUUGAUUGGUCUACAUAUGCCGGACGAGUGUAUGACUGGUUCGUUGCCAGAAAACCUUGAAAAUACUCACCAUUUGAAUGAGGAACAGCAGCCAAUCAAUAAGACUACAUGUCCGGAUACACCUCCACCAUCACCGCAACCCAGAGAACGUCAAGACAAUUUAGUUCUUUACACGUCAUUGCUAAUCGAUCCAGAGUGCCCGAACUUUGAUUCGCACUACAAUUCGAUGCGUCAGUCGAGUUCGAUUGAUUUCAACAGUUUGGACCUGAUCAUCUCCGUCCAAAGUUGGUUCGUUCUGCUGAAUUUUUUCGGUUUACUGUCGGACGAUCAUGAUGAUGUGACUAGUUCUCGCGAAAUUCCGACAACGUCAGUGGAAACGGUGCAUAAGAAGGGCAAUUCGGAUCUGGACAUAUCAGUGCGUUCAUUGACAUUGGUUUUCAUUCGGACAGACUAUGAAAUAGCCAAGGCGAAUGUGUCAAAUGCGCAUUUUGUCAUAUCUAAGUACGGCCAAUCGAAAACCGUAGAAGGAAAGCUGGGAUCCAUAUCAUUGAUGGACUUGACGUUACAUGGGGCAAUUUAUCGGGAACGAUUUUUGACCAGUGGCUACGAAGCGCUGAAUUUCUUCUAUCGUCAAGAUGGUCCGAAACUGAACAGCCGAUCAAUGAACUGUGACGCAAAGUUAAAAAUUCAGAUGUCAUCCGUGAAAUACGUGCACACGAAGCGAUUCGUUGCUGAGAUUCAGGCAUUUUUCAAGGAAUUUCAGCAAUUACAAACGCCGGUGCUUCGUAAAAUCAAACCGUCCGAAUCGAGACACAGUCUUCACCAACGACCACUUCAAUUGGGUCUGGAAAUCAAUGCUGGCUCACCGAUCAUUUUGUUGCCGUUAAGUUCACGGAGUGAGAAAGUCAUCGUUGCCGAUUUGGGUGAAUUCUCGCUGCAGAAUAACUUCCAUCUGGCCAGUGAACGUGGCAUAAUUAGCAUUAAAGUCGACGACACUGGUCCCGAUGAAAUUCUUGAUGUCAUGCAGGUGCACUUGGUGAACACGGAUUUGUUCGCCGGUAUUCGAAUAGGGAAAAGUGAUUUCGUUGCUGGAAAAUUGGAUAUUUGCAUGGACAUGAAUGGCUACGCAAUACUGAAACAAGGAUCUAAUCUGUUGAACAGCAAGUGUCACUUAAAGUUGAUCGUUGAGCGGAACAUGGAUUCGUGGAAAAGUCAAAAUGUUCCGGACAUUAGCGUACACGGUACAUUGUCUCGACUAGAAGCCGUGCUGGAUUUACAGCAGUAUCAACUUGUCCGAGGAUUUUUAUCCUACAAUUUAGGCGAAUGCAUCGACGAUUUAGUUGUUGAGCCAACGUAUAACUCGGAUAGUCGAUCGAAUCUACUGACCGAUGUUGCGAAAACUACGGAUAAGCGAGUCUGGACGAAUUUAUCGAUCACACUGGAUCUACAGGAUGUGUCUGUACGUCUGAACACUCCAACGAACACCCAUUACAUCAUUGACGAUCCAUCUUCACACAAUCAUCCAUCGUUGGCCCGCAUUAAAUUCAUCAAGUCCAGCCUGAAAAUAGACUCGUUCAGCGACGGAUCCCAAGACAUCGAUCUAGUGUCUCAAGAAAUAUUGGUUAUCGAUUCACGCUACGCCAAUACACACACAGAUCAGCCGAAAAACGUUUUCACCAACAUAUUGCAGCCGAUCAACUCGAAUCCGGGCAACGAUUCUGUUCAGGCCGAAGUGCAUAGCCGCCGUCGAAAUGAUUCGUCGAAAUUUACCAUUUUGCUGAAUAAUAUGCGCGUGAUGGCGAUUCUGGAUUGGCUGGAAAUGUGCAGAGAUUUUCUGUCGCAGAAUGCGGAGAAACCGAAAGAUUUGAUCGCAAUUCAGAAAGUCAAUGAAAAUCUGCAGACCCCUGUGCCGGAAGAGCCGAUGGAGUUGGUGUUGAACAUCACCGAUUCGGAAUUGGUUUUCGUGGAAACGCCCGACCAGUGGGACACCAAUGCAGUUAUUCUGAAAAGCACUACCAUACUGUCGUAUCGACCCAUCGAAGUGGAUAAAGUGAUGUCGAUUAACCUAAACCAUCUGGAAGUGUUCUCGUGUGUGCUGGGCUUUGAGGAGGAAACGGCUCUGUCGAUAAUCGAUCCAGUUACGAUCAACAUGGACUUGAAGAAAAAUGUUUUGGACAUUCAACUAGCCAAACGCCUGUCCAUCCGAUUGUCAUACAACGACGUCAAAAUGUUUUCGCAAAUGCUGCAAUCGUUACCCCGGCAAACGAAAAACGCAAAAUCCAAAGAUCACGUCACUGGUGACCGUAGUGUCGACGUACAGCUCAUAUCAAAAUUGUCGGCUCUGGGUUUCAACAGUGAUGAUUGCGUUAAUGCAUUGGAGAUCUGUAACAACGAACUCGAUGAAGCUGCGUUGUGGCUAACACAACAUGCUGAACCGACCAAGCAUUCGCAUACAAUUGUACAUCCCUUGGAAAUUAAAUCCAUUGCCGUCCAAGCUAACUGCAUCUCAAUUUGUGUGAUUGACGAUUGCAAGGAUGCCGACGUUCCGCUGUUAGAACUUUCGUUGUCACAGCUGGAAUUUGACCAGGAAUUAUCCAGUUCGACCGAAUUGAUGCGGCGAUCGAACGCAGAUUUAUCGGCAGAUAAACUGUGCUUCAAGACUGGAUCACUCAAAGGAACGUUUGCCAGCGAUUAUUACAACCGUGGCCUGAGUGGAUGGGAGCCGUUAAUAGAACCGUGGAAGUGUGAUGCCACUUGGAGUUAUAGUUUGGGAUCGGGAAUGCAACGGAAUCGUUUGCACCUGAAAGUGAACAGCGAAGAUAUGGUAAAAUUGAAUGUGACCAGCACCAGCAUCGAAUUAUACCGGAUUGUGCACGACGAUUGGACUCAAGACUACUAUAGUCAGCCCGCAUCAAUAUCAAACAAUAAGAAAAGCAUCCAAAUGAGCCCGAACAACUACCGUCGUAGAAAUCCGUUCGUUCCGUUUGCAAUCCGUAACGAGACUGGUGUUCGGUUAUGGUUUACAGUAUCCCGUUCCGAAUCCUCAAUGACAUCAUCUGAAACGAGAUGGACGCCCGUCGAGCCAAAUGCCGUGACAUCAUUUUCAUUCGGACCGCAAAGCAAACAACGUCACAAUGAUACACACAAGUUGAACAUCCAUCAAGUUGGCGUACGUGUAGAGGGAUGGUCGGAAGUGGGCCCAGUGUCCGUCGACAAAGUUGGUGUAUUUUUCCGCCAUGCCCGAUACGAGGCUGUAGAAUUUGUGUCGAUGCCUCGUGCCCGUAUUGUAUUUUCGGUGACUUUGGAGGGAUCUGCUCACAAGCUUAUCACCGUUAGAUCCGCUCUGCGUUUGAUCAACAAAUUAGAUCGGCCGAUUUUGUUGCGCAUGGAACAUGACUUCCGAUAUUUGAGCAAUCCGUUGUGGCCAGCCGUAUUUUCGUCGAUUGUGCCUUCGAGCGAAGUGUACAGUAUCCCGUUGAAUCGGGUGCAUUCGUUGCUAAGUGUCCGUCCACUACCCACGGAAAUUGACUUGGAAGCCACUCAGAAGGAGCUGCAAAUGCAACGUGCUGAUGAAGGUACCGCUUUUCGCGAAGUUAAAUUCAACAGCAAGGAAUACUGGAAUAAAUACGAGAGCGCGGCUCAACGUAGUACAAACUCGUUUCAAUUUUGCAAAGACACCUUGAACUGGAAGGAAAUGGAUGAAGGCAGUGAACUGCAACAAGAACUGCGAACGUGUCUUAGUAACCGUGAUAAAUUCCGUUUCGUGGCUGCUAUACGUAGAGAAGGUUAUCCUACAAAAGAUGCGAUCGGAAUUCCUGGACAUUCAAUCACAUUAUGGCCACCGUUGAGAUUAAAUAACUUACUACCGUGUGACCUGUUGUACAAACUCUUGUCGGGAACACAAGGUCGAAUCGCAUCUUCUGAAUCGGCAAGCGUCUACGAGGUUGAUCUGGAACGAGAAUUGAAGAUUACUCUGACUUUGGACGGCUAUCCAGGCGCUGGCACUCUGUGCAUACCUGUUGGACUGGGAAACGUUGAGACAACGCUUCGUUUAAGCGACAUGAAACAAAGAGUUCUCAAUCUUCGAGCAUCAAUUACAAUGAUAAAAGGUUGCGGAAUGCAGAUUAGCAUUAGCGCUCCGUACUGGCUUGUCAAUCGAACUGGUCUGCCGUUAGUUUUCCGACAAGAAGGAGUUCCACACGAAAGUGCCGGCCAAUUCCAAGAAAACGAACAAGGACGACUUGUGUCACCGCUCAUGUAUUCUAUAUCAGAUCCGGACGCAUCGCCAGCAUUAACAGUUCGAUUGGGAAAGAGAUUCGGUCAAAAUCCACCUUGGUGUCAGCCGUUUCAAUUGCACAAAGACAUCUUGAAUCGACAGUUGAAGUCCGGCAGUUCAAACGAAACUUUUGUUCUCGGUAUUGAAGUGAGACGCGGUCGUGGCAGAUACAUCAAGACGAGUGUCGUUACAUUUUCACCGAGAUUCCAGUUGUACAAUCGGAGUUCGUACAAACUUCAGUUUGCUCAGAAGUAUUACGCCACAACAUUGACUGAUCAAUUGGCCAAGGCAACAUUUAUCGAAGCCGUUCCCGGCUGUCAUUUGCCGUUUCAUUGGCCCAGACUGGACAAAGAUCAGCAAUUGUGCAUUCGGUUGCCUGACGUCGAGAACUGUCUUUGGUCUGGUGGAAUUCCGAUCCACGAAACGCAGAGUCUUUACAUCAACAUUAGAAAUAUCAACGGUGACAUGCACUUCAUUCGCGUGGAAAUUGUGUUGCAAGGAGCCACGUAUUUUCUGCUGUUUGGCGAUGCUCAAGCUCUGCCACCACCAAUCCGAAUCGACAAUUAUUCCGAAGUUCCAUUGAAAUUUUAUCAAACCGAUUGCAAGAAUCAAUGGCAAACCGUAGUUCGGCCUCACUCAUCAAUCGCGUACGCUCUGGAUGAACCAAUGGGAGCACAAUCAUUAUACAUUGAAGCACCGGGCGGAGUGUCACACGUUUAUUCCUUGCGUGAUCUUGGCAUGUCGCAUAAUCUAACGUACGAAAACUUCAUCUACAUCGCCUUCUCCGAAACAUUCAAAAAUGUUUCCAACAUCGGCAACAAUUCCUUCGACUAUGAUAUUGAGUCACAGCAACUGGUGUUGACUGUCGUUGACGGACGUGUCUUUUUGGCUCGACGUCAACCUGGUGAUAGAUCGCAAUUAUGGCGCAUGAACAAAGAAAAGCAAUUGGAACACGAAGGCUCAUCACCGCCAACCGAACCGGGUAGAAAGAGUUCGUCGGCAUCGCCGAGAUACGUUUUGGAUUUAGAACGAGCACCGCAACCGCAAAAAUUCACCAGCUUAGUGGUACGGCCAGCGAACAGACAACGGAAAUCUACUCAGACUUGGUACUUCACCGAGGAGGGUCGACUGAUGUGUGAACAUGCUAACAUGUGCGUACAAUCGAGAGAUGGUUUCUUCAAUCUUCGCCCGGGAAGCGAUGCAGUUUUGGGAAUGAUUGUGUCACCAACGCCAACAUAUAUGUACACCGAAUCGUUAGUCCCAGUAGAACAAGCAAUUGAACGGCAAAAGCUACGGCCUGGUUCUGGUUUCUUAUCCGUCGUAGUCAGUAUGGAUGGACCAAUCAAAACAAUUCAAAUAAAAGACAUUAAAUCACUGGCAAGUGCAUCGUUGAGUUUGGAUCCCACCUGGAAGCACGUUUCGCACUUGCUUCCGCAUAUUUCCGAAACUCCGAAUAACAACAAUGACGACAGCCCGUCGACGAGCGUCGUUACGAAAUCGUUGAGUGAACUCCAUGUCAAUUUGAAAUUGACUAAAGGCUUGGGCCUUUCACUCGUAUCCAAGAGACCAUGCGAAGAGUUGGCCUUUGUCACACUGGAGUUCAUCACAUUGGAAGUGAUUGCCACGCCAGCCGUUCGUUCGUUAGAUUUAAGCGUUGGCGACAUGCAAAUCGAUAAUCAACUAUUCGAGACACCGUGUCCGGUGAUGUUAUUCACCAAUCGCAAUGUAGAAAUGGUAUCAUUGCCUGCAACGCAUUUGAAUAUUAAACUUCUUCCGUCACCGAACAAAAACGCCAUCAUUUUCGAGCAUUUUAUCCUGAGCCUACGACCGAUAACCAUUUACUUGGAGGAGCGGUUAAUGUUGCGUAUGGCCUGUUUCAUUGGUCUCGGUCAAUCACAACCCGAUCCGGCCGCAUUGCCCGAUGAAUGUGAUUACGAAGCGCAACGAGUUGCGACCAAAAUUCUGGCAGCCAAUGCGAAGCGGUUUUACUUCGGUGAUUUGCAAAUCGUUCCGAGCAACAUACGACUGAGUGUAAUUACGGCCUCGAAAUUGUCGCCACAGUUGAGUGAGAUGAAAAAGCGGCUGGGAUUGACAUUGAUCAAAUUUGAAGACGCGUCGAUCGACUUUGAAAAGUUCAAAGACAAACAUCACUUCGAAACGUUGGAGGUGUACGUGAGGGCAAUUAAAUCCCAUUACAAGCAAGAGUUAAAGUGGCAAGCAGCUAAGAUAUUAGGCAGCGUUGACUUUCUGGGAAAUCCGACGGGCUUCUUUGGUGACUUAAAUGAAGGCAUGCACGGACUGUUCUAUGAAGGGUCGGUCACGUCCUUGGUGAAAAAUGUCACACAUGGCCUGUCGAACUCAACGGCAAAGCUGACCGAAUCCAUAUCCGAUGGUCUUGGACGAGUGGUUCUCGACGAACAGGACACGGAAACACGGCAAAAAAUAUUGGAAGUGUCCAGUGGAGCUAAUUCAACCGGAGACCAUUUGAAAGCUGGAUUCAUGGGAUUGGGUUUCGGCCUUUUAGGUGGUGUGACAAGCAUAGUGAAACAUACCUAUGCAGGAGCACAAACGGAUGGAUUGCAUGGUUUCAUAUCUGGUUUGGGUAAAGGAAUCGUCGGCACCGUCACAAAACCGAUGAUCGGAGUAUUAGACCUGGCAUCAGAAACUGCAAACGCCGUUCGUGAGAGAAGUAAGAGUUCGAAUCGAACAUUGCCGGAACGAAAGCGACCUCCCCGAUGCGUGACUGGCGCUCCUGGUGGUUUAAUACCACCAUUUUCGUUGGUACAAAGUAAAGGCCAGCAGCAUUUGUUCCUGAUCAACAAACGAAACUUUAACGAACAAUUUAUGGCCUACGAACCAUGCUUGCUGGAAAGAAGAGACUCAAAACUACGGCUGUUAGUGUCGUCGGAGAAUAUCUGGGUAUUUUCCAGAUCCGAAGAGUCAACAACCACUGUGCUAACGCAUCAUUUAAGUGAAUUGAUUUCCUGUUAUCCUGUCUCGGUAAACGUGGCACCCACCGGACACAAAACGAAAUACCAGUUCUACAUCGAACUUUGCUUGAGUUUGACGUCGAAGUCUUUGAACUAUGCAGGACAGGAGGUCGUUAAACGCCCCCGUGUGCGAUGUCAGAGCGAGGAGAUGUCGCAGAGAGCUGCCCAUCACAUAAACUACGCGAAAAGUGUCUACGACGAACGAGAACAUACCCUUAAUUCCGACGCUGUGAUUGAUAGUUGAAUAGGAAGUUUUUAAUUUUUCAUUUUUUUUUAAACCAAAAAUCAGACCAAAAUUGUAAAAUGCAAAAUUACCUGAGUAAUUCGAUGAUUUAUAUACAGAAACAUGAAAAAGUGAAUAAGAUGCACAAUUUAAGUGAAA